UUUUUCUCUAGAAAUCCACGGGACCGUUUAUGCGAAGCGUGGGGAUAUAUUAGACCGCUUCCUGCCCUCCUAAUUCAUUCCUCGGGCGCUCUGCUCUUUUUCUUUCUCUUCGGUCUUCGAUCACGAGGCGAGGAACGGUCAGCUGCAGGGCUGCCAGGCUACAUGCAGUUUCCUCUUCCGACAUAUACAUUUGAUACAUGGCGCGAAUGUGCUCUUGGUUGAGUUACUUUAAGUUCCAAGCCUUGUUUCUUGAUGGAGUUAUUGAUCGGCGACUUUCUGUUCAUGGUGACUUUAUGCUUUCCUCUUUUGUCAACUGCACCUAGAAGUUAUCCUGGAAUCUACAGUCUCCAGAGGCAGCUAUGCAGUGAAGUUGGUUUACUUUUUACAUCGCCACCUUGUUACAACUCUUGUUUGGAGCCCAUGUGAACGUCCUGCCCCAAAAUAGUAUUGCUGCAAUGGUUUACGCAUCAACUUCAAUUUUGUUACUUCUAUUUUCCAAGUCUAAUAAUAUGGUGUGUUUCACUAGCUCUUCAGCAUCUGGGUUUCUUUGUUUCAGUUCCCUUAUGAUUUGAGUGCCUUUCAUAAAAAAUGGAGUUUAAUAAACAAGAAAUAAAUUGAUUAAUUAUUGCCAUAAGUUUUAGUAAAUUUCUCCAGUGCAGUGAUUCUUUCAGUUCCUACAAAGUUUGUCUUUCACCAAUACUAUAUGGACCAACUUCCUACCUUGAGACAGCAGCUUGGGCUCUUGACAUCAGAAUGACUCUUGUGCCUUCUCAUUUUCAUUCUGUAACUCUUUUCACGCAUAUAUCUUUGGUUGAGAAAUUUGGUCAUAGACAUCCUUCUCUUGACUAGGAAGACAGGGAGUGCAUAAUCAGCCAUGGAAAGGUACAACGUAAUCAAGGAAGUCGGAGAUGGCACUUUUGGUAAUGUUUGGCGAGCCAUAAGCAAACAUAGUGGUGAACUAGUUGCUAUUAAGAAGCUGAAAUGGAAAUAUUAUUCGUGGGAGGAGUGUUUGAAUCUCCAGGAAGUGAAGUCUUUAUGAAGACUAAACCAUCCCAACAUUGUCAAGCUCAAGAGGUUAUUAGAGAGAAUGAUAUAUUAUACCUUGUUUUUGAGUACAUGGAAUGCAAUCUCUAUCAACUUAUGAAAGAAAGGGGUAAAUCCUUUUCAGAGGUUGAAAUUCGGAAUUGGUGCUUUCAGAUCUUCCGAGCGCUGGCUUACAUGCACAAACAGGGUUAUUUUCAUCGUGACCUUAAGCCUGAGAAUUUGCUGGUUACUAAAGACCUUGUGAAGAUAGCAGAUUUUGGCCUUGCUCGUGAAAUCCUUUCUAAGCCACCAUUCACAGGAUAUGUAUCAACACGCUGGUACCGAGCUCCAGAACUUUUGCUUCAUUCUUCUGUUUAUAAUUCUGCAGUUGAUAUGUGGGCAAUAGGAGCUAUCAUGGCUGAACUUUUCACCCUUCAUCCGCUUUUUCCUGGCUCAAAUGAGGCAGAUCAGCUAUGCAAGAUUUGCAGUGUUUUUGGAUCUCCCAAUAGUGACUUAUGGUCUGAAGGGCUACAACUUGCAGCAGCUAUGAACUAUCACUUUCCGCAGUUUCCUGGCGUCCCUGUUUCUGUCCUCAUCCAUUCAGCUACAGCCUUGCUUUUACAUCCCACCAUCACCUCAGUUGAAAUCAGAAGGGGUGCAGAAAACACCUUCAUCAGGUUCUCUCUCUCUCUCUCCCUCUCUUUACUUUUAUAUUUACUUUUUAAUUCCACUAAUUUGUAAUUUUUUGCACUAUUAAGCUGUAAUGAAAAGUGCUUUGGUCUCAAUAAGCGCUAGAGAGCAUUCUGUUGGAGUUUGAUCCAGUACUAGGUUGCCAAAUAACUUGUCAUUAGCUAAUACAAAUGGCUUUUCAAGGACAGAUGCGCAAAGAAAUCUGGAAACGAAUCAUCAGGACUGGCAGAGAGAAAAUUUUUCUGAUAGUGGUAUUAAAACACAUAAACAUCAGUCGAGUUUAAGAGACAUCCAAGGUGUUGCCGAUAGAGAUGCCAAAAGGACUUCAAAUGUAGUAGAGAAAUUGGCUGACUUGAAAUUGAACUGGAACGAUGGCAAGCAGCCACACCUGAAACGGUGAGGCAGUCGCUGCGGAAGGAUGCAGUCUGGCACAGGCAUGCUGGUGUUUUAGGCCAACCGAAGGAGGUUCCUCUCGCACCAACUUACUAUGUUAGAAAAAUUGCUGGCUGAAGCCUCUAUAUCAAUAUUUUUUUAUCUUCCAGCCAUCAUCUUGCCUGCCAAUCAUACCAAGUGUUGUAUUUGCUUAUGUUUCGCAAUAGAUUGGAAAUACAAGAGGCUAGCCGUCUGCUGGCCGACGAUAUAAUACAGUUUGUUGAGGAUGA